UAGCUGCAAAAUUAUACAGGCCGACGGGAAGCACCGCAAAAAAACAAGGGUAAUUGAAUGCGUCUAUCGUUAGCACCGCAGGCUAGAAAUGGAGAGGUCUGAAGAGAGACAAUGGAGGACACCAAGGGACUGCAGUGACUACUGGAGUGAAUACAGACACUGCAAGAGCUUGUGGAAUCGUUUCCAUCACUACUACACUUACGGUAGCUCUCCAUCUUGUCAGCAGUGGAAAGAGGACUACUACAACUGCCAAGCAUGCGAGAACAACACAAGCACUGAGGCAAAGGAAGCACUGCAGAGAAGUGAAAGGAACAGAGUAGCAGAACAGAGGAAGUUCCCCCCAGUGUGGGAGCUGAGACGAGACCCCCCCAGUGACUGGCACCUGCCCCUCAACCAUGAAAAACCUCAGGACUCUUAAACUGUCAAGGACAAAGGAUGCUGUAACUGACUGUAAAAGAAAUAAUGUACUGUAUAUACCACAACUGAGUUUUGAGUACUAAACACUUGGGAAUUUUACUCAGGUUAUUCCACAUUGCUGUUUUUUUGUACAAUAUGUAGCUCUGCAGUCCUUUAGACAAUAAUUAAAAAAAAACAUUUAUUAAAUCAAGAUAUGUCUAACAUCAUCAAAGGACA